UCGGGGGCGACACUCCUGCCCGGUACUGGGGCCCAGGUGUCGGCGCGCGUGCGCACAGCCGCGGGCGGCGGCAGGGCGCGCGGCCCAGGGAUAGUACCCCGACCCAGGUCUCGGACCGAGGCGGCGUGAGAUCUGAUUGGUGAGUUCUACCUCAUUGUGUACAUUUCCAUGAUACUUUCUGUGGAUGGUUUCCCUUGCACUUUUUAUGUUGAAAUACUAUAGAUUAAACUUUAAGUGUCUUUUGUCACAUUAACCUUACUCUAGAAGACAACUUCACAAAGAUCUAGAAGGAAGGGGAUUAAAGAUGACUGAAUACUGGGCUCCAGAAAUUUAAAACAACCAGAUGCCUGUGAAAGAUGAGAGAGGUGACCUGGAUGUGAGCAAAGUAGUGAAGCCAGUCCAGGCUACUCUGUCGUCUUUGAAGAUGUUAGAUGUGGGAAAGUGGCCAAUUUUCUCCCUUUGUUCUGAGGCAGAACUGCAGUUAGUUCGCCAGGCCUGUGUCUUUGGCAGUGCCAGCAAUGAGCUUCUGUAUACUACGGUAAAUGAUGAGAUUUUUGUGCUUGGCACAAACUGCUGUGGUUGUUUGGGAUUAGGUGAUGUCCAGAGCACCAUUGAACCUCGGAGACUGGAUUCUUUAACUGGCAAAAAAAUCGCCUGCCUCAGCUAUGGGAGUGGGCCACACAUUGUCCUUGCAACAACAGAAGGAGAAGUCUUUACCUGGGGUCAUAAUGCUUACAGUCAGUUGGGCAACGGGACAACUAAUGCUGGUCUAGUUCCCUAUCAUAUCUCUACUAAUCUGUCAAACAAGCAAGUCAUUGAAGUGGCCUGUGGGUCUUACCAUUCUUUGGUGCUAACAUCUGAUGGAGAGGUAUUUGCGUGGGGUUAUAAUAACUCCGGGCAGGUAGGGUCUGGAUCAACAGCCAAUCAGCCGAUCCCGAGAAGAGUCACCGGCUGCUUACAGAAUAAAGUGGUUGUGAACAUAGCCUGCGGGCAGAUGUGCUCGAUGGCAGUGGUGAACACCGGGGAGGUCUUUGUCUGGGGCUACAAUGGAAAUGGGCAGCUGGGACUCGGCAGCAGCGGCAACCAGCCAACCCCCUGCAGGGUAGCAGCUCUCCAAGGCAUUCGUGUCCAGCGGGUUGCCUGUGGCUAUGCACACACGUUAGUAUUAACAGAUGAAGGUCAAGUGUAUGCUUGGGGCGCAAAUUCUUAUGGCCAGUUGGGCACUGGCAAUAAAAGUAACCAGUCCUACCCUACCCCUGUCGUCGUGGAAAAGGACAGAAUUAUAGAGAUUGCGGCCUGCCACUCGGCGCACACGUCGGCCGCCAAGACACAGGGCGGCCACGUGUACAUGUGGGGCCAGUGCCGCGGCCAGUCGGUGACCCUGCCGCACCUCACGCACUUCUCCUCCACCGACGACGUGUUCGCCUGCUUCGCCACGCCCGCCGUCACGUGGCGCCUCCUGUCUGUGGAACCCGACGACCACCUCACAGUGGCCGAGUCCCUGAAGAGGGAAUUUGACAACCCCAACACCGCGGACCUGAAAUUUCUGGUGGAUGGAAAGUACAUUUAUGUGCAUAAAGUCCUUCUCAAAAUCAGGUGUGAGCAUUUUCGCUCUUCAUUGGAGGACAAUGAGGAUGAUAUUGUAGAAAUGAGUGAAUUUUCGUAUCCUGUUUACCGAGCCUUCCUGGAGUACCUGUACACGGACAGCAUCAGCCUGUCCCCCGAGGAGGCAGUAGGGUUGCUUGAUUUGGCUACAUUUUAUAGAGAAAAUCGUUUGAAAAAACUCUGCCAACAAACUAUCAAGCAGGGAAUCUGCGAGGAGAAUGCCAUCGCGCUGCUGUCGGCUGCUGUGAAGUAUGAAGCUCAGGACUUAGAAGAAUUCUGCUUCAGGUUUUGCAUAAACCAUUUGACUGUAGUAACACAGACUUCGGGCUUUGCAGAAAUGGACCAUGAUCUCUUGAAGAACUUUAUCAGCAAAGCAAGCAGAGUUGGAGCCUUUAAAAACUGACCCUCACCUGCAGGAAAGAAUUUCUAGAGUUUCCACUCUCCCUGCAACAGCCAGAGAAUAACUUCUCCUUACUAGUGUUGAUGAUGAGCUACAUUUGGGCUGAAAAUGUUCUGUCAAAACAAGGGGAUGGUGGUGAGUCUUCCCCACCUUCUGAAAUCCACUGUCUGCAAGAGAAGGCAUUAAGUGCUCUGUUCAGAUGGAACUAAGCUCAAGGGGAAAAAAUUGAAAUGUCUUACUGUAUUUACCAUUUCCUCUUACGAGUCACUUAAGUUGGAGACUUUUGGUACAGGGGUCUAAGUGUAUGCUAUUCUGGCCAAAUUUGCAUAUUCAACAGGCUGGUACCACACGGAUAGCUUGACCAGGAAUGCUGUCACUAGCUCACUUUCAGCAUUCAGCACAGUGCCUUGCAUAUAGUAGGCACUCAACUUAUUAUCAGUUUUAAUCAUGCCUGAACAGCUUUUUAUUUAUGGGACACUGGAUGAAGGAAUAACUUAGGUAAAACAAAUUUAAAACAACUGAGUUUCCUAUUCUUAUGGUACAUUGUUCUGAGGAAUAGUGGCUAAUUUAGAGCGUUAAUUAGAAUUCACAAAAGGCCUUGGCAAUUAAAUUGUUGAAGACCCAAGGGCUAAUUUUAAUUCUCUGUUUUACUCUGAGUCAUUAUUUCUCAUAUGAAAUCAGAGUAUGAAAUACUUUGAGUGAGUGUUAUCCCUGGGCUCAUUUGCCUUACAUAAUUGCAUAAUGUCCUUUUACUUUUGUGUUAAGAGAUUUGCCUCCAUAAGUAAAAAUGGUUUUCUCUUGUAGUUGAUUUUUAUGUCACCACAAAACAGGUCUUUUAACUUGGCCCAGUGUGAUGAUAAAAGUAGCAGCCAAAAAGGAACUAAUACUUACAUUUCAUGGGCAGCACUAGCAAGAAUGAGGUAAAUUUAUACUUUUUCAAUCAAGUUACCCAGCUGCGAAUGAGAAACUGAAACAGGAUGUAGGCUGCAGCGUCAGGCUCCUAAUGUGUAUUUCACAACAGGAUACUACUAU